CUUGGCCUUUAGGGUCACCAACCGCUGCGAGCGACUGAGAGCAAGCAUUAUCACUGCCAGCAUUGCUAGAAGCUGGAGAGAGGAGAACAGUUUGACAGGCGAAAUUAACAUGAAGUCGACAUGUCUGCUCAUCCUUGCAUCUCUCACGGUCUGCAACUUGAUGGUGUCUGGAGGACAGAGCAUCUCUGCUGAGGAUGAGACGGACCGAAGGACCAUAGACGACAUCGUUCUAGAGAGAGCAGAGACUCUCCUAUUACGGUCCAUUCUCAAAAAGCUGCAGGAUGAAGACGCCAGAAAUGAUGGGUAUCACUCUCAGCCAGAAUGGGUGACAAAACGACAGCACCCGGGUAAGAGAUACAGUGAUGAUUUGGAGAAGCGGCAGCAUCCAGGGAGGAGAGAAGAGGACGAGGACGAACAGUACUUUGAUGUUCAUAAGAGACAGCACCCGGGCAAGCGCGAAGAUGAAACGCACUCACUCGUAGAGCUGCAGAAAAGGCAGCACCCAGGAAAGCGCUCCACGGCGGGUCACAGUUCUGACAACCCCAUUCUGCUGCUCAGUGAACUUUCAAAACGCCAGCACCCAGGUAAACGUUACCUGGUGCUGCACAGCAAGCGCCAGCACCCAGGUAAGCGCCUUCUCGAGGAUGAGGACGGCGACGGGGACUGGGAUGCGGAUGUGGAUGUGGAUGGAGAAGAAGACCUCGCUGAGAUGGAAAAGCGUCAGCACCCUGGGAAACGGUUUUGGGAUAACUCGAGUCCGGAUUUAGGCACAAACAGUCCGUGUGAUGUUUUGGACCCUGCGAGCUGCAGCAAGACCAGCCUGCUGCUCGACUUUUUAGACAACAUUAACAAGAGCCGUGCUGAGGAGAAGAGACAACACCCGGGUAAAAGGUUUGCACCGGAGGAGGAUUUAGUGGACGGAGAGUAGAUUAGACAGGUGCGCGUAUGUCGCUGUAUUGUAAACAAAUAUGUAUAAAUUAAGUCACUAUAAUGAAUUAUGAAAAAUGAAAAAAAGAUCAUUAAACAUUUUGUGCCACUGUU